AUGCCCUACACCUGUCGUGAUUGUCAUAAGUCUUUUGUGAAAGAUUGUCUCCAGCUUGAGACCUGCCCAAAAUGUCGAAAGAUUGAGCAGGUCAGCACCAACCCCAAGGAUUCGGACAAGAAGGAUAUUACCUACUAUGAGUCUCGUCCUCAGUGCUUGACCUGUGGGAUAUUUGGUACACAGUGCUUUCUGAAUGCACCACUGGAAGAAAAAGCAAAUCUGGAACUCUGUGAUAAGUGCAGGCGUGACACUGACCAUGUGGAUAAUGCAGAAUCUCUGGGAGCAAACCGUCAAGCUGCUCAUGCUGGACUACAGGGAGCUGCUUUCAGGCAGAGUGUUCCCAUGCCUCAGCAAGGGAUGGCAUCUGGUACGUGGGUACUUGAUGAGCGUGCUCAAAGAAAAACAGCUUUGAAAGCAGGCUUGAACUCGAAGGGUCCAGCCAUGCAAGUACGAAUUCUGAUAAUCCACGACGGGAAAGCACAAGAAUGGAAUCCAGCCGUCUUUGAUUCCCUAUUUGUGGGCAAUUGGAAAGAGACCCUCAAAGUAAAUUUGGGGAAGGCACUGGAACUAGGCCAAGCAAUGUGGGAACAGGGAAAAGGGGAAGAGGAGACCGGACUUACUUAUGAUCAAUGCAAUCCCCGUCCAGCACUACCCAAUCAAAAGAAUGAGCCAAUUACUCUUCCCGAGGAUUUGCUUCCCCUCAGCUUGCAUGAAUUUUACACAACAUAUUGCAAGGUAAAUCGACUUUACCUUGUGAAGAAGGAUACAGAGCAGACUGGUUUUAUUCGAAUAUUCUUGCUUUUGACCAUAGAUGAGAAAAACACAUACAAAGUUCCAGAGCCCACACAACAAGCGGUCCAUGAACACCUAUCUCAUAGUUCACACCAAUCAGUCACAUCUGCUUCUCGUCUUUCUCGGCGUGCAGCUUCUGCCCCUUAUGUCAGAUCCUUGACCAAUACCAGCAACCAUUCGAGUAUCUCAAUGACAACAGGAAGAACCAAGACCAUAGCUACCGGACAAAAUUUGGCACCAAUCAGUAAUCUGUUUGCCGGGUUCCGAGUGUCAACAGCAGCAUUACAGAAUAAUGGUACCCUAAGCCGUAUGGCCAAUUCUAUCUCCCAGUCACAUGGCUCUAUCUUCGAGUCUAUACAGUACAUCAAGACUGUCUUCCAACAUAGGGAUGAUGGAACUUUGUUUGCGGUUCAGAGUGCUCCUGAGACUGGAUUACUUGCCAACAAGCCCUUUGAUUAUGGCAGUCACAAACAGGCAUUUGAGUUCCGACAUAAUGAUAUUGACCUUGUGGCUAAGAAGCACUUCCGAUUUGAUAAGAAAGUAUGGUCACUUGCAAUGAUGUCGAAAUCAAUCAAUCAAAAACUCCUUGAAAUGGAAUGCAAGAAGGCCAUCCUCUUGGCCUCAUACCUUGAGGCAUUUAAUGAACUCCUCCAAGAGACCUAUCAAGAAUUGGACCUACCAACGCUCAUAUACACACCAUGCUUCUUCAUCAAGCUGAUCUCUGGAGAAAACAGUGGAGAAACUUUCAUGGUGGAGCCUGAUCUUCGUCGUGCGGGAAGCUAUAUCAAGAUCAACAACACUGAUGAGUUCAUUCCUCCAGAUGAAGACGAAAUCAAACUCGAGCAUCAAAGGUUGUAUCGCUUCAUGCAUGCCUUCACACAUUUUGUCUUCCAUCGAUCUGUCUAUGGUGCCAAGACCGUGGAGGCACGAGAGGCAGCAAUGGUAGUCAUUGCUGAUAUUCAAGGGUUCCUUACACCACCUGCGGCUGCGUCCCAGAAACAGAGACAUGGAUCUGUAGAUUGUGGACAAUUUCAUCUGUUUGAUCUGGUCACUCAUACUGCUAGGGGUGAUUCAAGCAUGGGAGAUGGAGGUGCUGGGAUGCUCAACAGCUUCAUGAAUGCACAUGUGUGCGGGGACGCCUGCAAACAGCUUGGAUUGGUGACAGCAAAAGGCCAUCAAAAAUCCUUUCCUCGACCUCUGAAAUUUGUCCCUCGACGUGCUAUGCCAUGGUGGUUCCAACAAGCGGAGAAGGAUCAUGAAGCAAAAGUCAAGGCCCAGAGCUCUGCAAGUACUAACAAUGCGACAUCACAAGGUACGGAAAAUGAGUCAAGCAAUAUGGUGCAAGAGCCAGGUGAAGGUGCAGAGGUGGAUGAUGAACUUGUGGGAGAUGAGUCGGGCAUCUGA